UUGUUUUGAGCGACGCCCGUGUAAACGUCUGAUUAAACACCUUCGCUUUCCAGCACUACAGAAACAUUUUGUGACCGUUAGCAACACUGAGCUCUAAAAAACAUUGCAACAAAAAAGAUUAAAGAAUCUUACGUGUGAAAAAUUAAGGAAAACAGUUACGGUAGAGGCUCCGGUAAGCAACCGCUACUGGCUAAUAAUGCGCCAACGAUAGGACAAACGAUAAUUCCGUGAAUAAGCAAUCCGUCGAGCAUAUUGGCCGCCCCGUCCAAAGGGAAGAAGUAAAUAAAUACAACACGUCAGACGAAAGGCAGAUAGAACAGACGAGAUAAGCAAGGAUGAAGGCGACCGUUUGGAUAUGUAUGCUCCCUCUCUUCCUGGCCUGCUCCCAGUUGCGGGCGGAGGAGCUGCAAGGGCCAACCACCACCACCAUAGAUCCCUCAGGAACGGGAACCAGCUCAGGCACAGGCACUGCCCCCACCACAGGUACUGGCACAGCCACCCCCACCACCGAAGAGGUGACCACAGCGGAACAUGACAGCCAUGCUCCCACGGAAAGCAAUGAGCGCAAGGCUGCCAAGCCAAAGGACACCGCCGAGUACCUAGCUCCGCGGACAAAGGUCAUGCCGGCCGCUCUGCUCGAAAGGCUGUGGAACGACAGCCUUUUGAGGCAGCAAAAGCUCAAGGCUGAGAUCGAGAAAAUUGAAGCCAAACGGCAGCCCACUGAGGUGGUUGAGCAAACGCCCGAGCAGAUUGAAGCUCAAACCAUGUACGAUAACGCCAUGGACAUGCUGGGCAAGCCUCGCACGGAUAAGCGAGUGGCCUUCACCCUGCUGAAGAAGGCAGCGGACUUCAAUCAUCUGAAAGCGAGGGCCGAAUUGGCCUGGGCCGUUCUUCUUGGCCACUGGAUGGACUUUGAUUUCAAUCAUGCCGCCGAUGAGUUCGAAAGUCUGGUCAACGAAGGCCUUCCAGAAGCGCAUAUGGGUCUGGGAUUUCUCUACUCGGCCGGAGUUGGCGGCAAAAAUGUUAGCCAGCCUUUGGCUUUGAUACACUACUCCCUGGCCGCCCUUGGCGACAAUACUCUGGCUCAAAUGGCGAUGGGUUACCGACAUUUGUAUGGAAUUAAUGUGCCAAUUAGCUGUGAAAAGGCGCUAAUCCAUUAUAAGCGAGUGGCCAAGAAGGUCGCCUCAAAGAUCACAUUCGCCAAUGGACCAGUUGUUCACCGGGUGCGACUUCUGGACGAGCUAGAGAACCCUGGAAGCCAUGAGACUGAGAUUGUAGACUACUACCAACUGCUGGCCGAUAAGGGCGAUGUCCAGUCGCAGGUGGGUCUGGGUCAGCUGUACUACCAGGGCGGCAAGGCCACCCAGCAGGAUCACCAAAAGGCUCUGGAAUACUUUACACAGGCUGCCAAUGCCGGCAAUGCAGUCGGAUUUGCUUUUCUGGGCAAACUCUAUCUGGAGGGUAGUGACCAAAUCAAGGCAGAUAACGAGACAGCGUUUAAGUAUUUCACGAGGGCCUCCGAAAUGGGCGACCCAGUGGGCCAGAGCGGACUGGGUCUCAUGUACCUGAAGGGUUUGGGUGUGCCCAAGGACACCAUUAAAGCCCUCUCCUAUUUCACUCAGGCGGCUGAUCAAAAUUGGGUGGAUGGACAAUUGCAGCUCGGCAACAUGUACUUUACUGGUAAUGGAGUCAAAACGGACUACAAGUUGGCCCUUAAGUACUUUAACCUGGCUACUCAUUCGGGGCAUGUUCUUGCCUACUACAAUCUCGGUGUGAUGCAUGCUUACGGCUUGGGAAUGUUGCGCUCCUGUCCAGCAGCGGUUGAGUUCUUUAAGACUGUCUCAGAGCGCGGACGCUGGAGCAGCCGCUUGAUGCAUGCCUAUAGCGACUAUAAAAAGAACCGCAUUGAUGAAGCCUACAUGCAGUACUCAUUGAUGGCCGAGGUUGGCUACGAGGUGGCCCAAAGCAACGCAGCAUAUCUGCUCGACCGCGAGGAGGUUCAUGUGUUCAAUGAUCGCCACGAGGACUUGAUUCGUGCCUUCUACUACUGGAAGCGGGCUGCUGGCCAGGGCUAUUCAGCGGCACAAGUGAAACUGGGCGAUUACUACUAUUACGGCUGGGGAACUGCCACAGAUUUCGAGACUUCCGCCUCUCUUUACAGAAAAGCGUCGGAGCAGCAUUAUAAUGCCCAGGCUAUGUUCAACCUCGGUUAUAUGCAUGAGCAGGGAUUGGGAAUGAAAAAAGAUUGGCAUUUGGCCAAAAGACUGUACGACCUGGCGGCCGAGACCAAUUCGGAUGCCAAAGUUCCAGUGGCCAUUGCUCUCUUCAAGCUGCAAAUGUUAGCCAAGAUAGAGUCUAUUAAGGAGUCGCCAUACAGGUUCAUCUUCUACAUGGAUGAAAGUAUCGCUGCCAAUUGGGACUUAUACAUGAUAACCAUUUUGACGCUUCUGUUGGGCAUUAUCAUGUACAUGAGGAGACCUUUCAUCCAACCGGAUCAACCCGCCCAGCAGCCACCUGCGGAUGAUGUUGCUCCAGCGGUUCCUCCGGUGGCUGGAGUAGCGGUUGGGGCAGCCGCUGAUGAGGCUGCAUUGGUAGCAGGAACAGCAAACGCCGCAGCUACUUCCAAUGCAGCAAGUGCAGCUGCGCCUUCAUCCUCGGCGUCGAAUCCUCAAAACGAAAGAUCGCCGGGGCACAGCAGUUCAUCAUCAGCGGCGCCCAAUGGCGCCGAUACACUUGAUCCCACUGAUUAGUGAUAGUGAAUUGGAUAAUCAUCUUCCUAGGUUAAUUAGUAUGCGUGUAAAUAAUUAUCAUCUAAUUUCGCCGA